CUCGCGUGGUAGGUUGCAUCGAAAAGAAAGUCACCUCGUCGUGUCGGUCAUAGUGCUAGCAAUAUUAGCAUGUACACAGACCUGUCGGGGGAAGGUCGACAGUAGGACAGCAGCAUCUGCAUCUAAACUUUCGCUCACCUUACGUUCACUUAAUUAUUUUGUCGACAAGGUCGUGCAAGGAGGUGAAGUCAAACGGUUUUUAAAUUCUGUUGCUUUUAAAGACAGACGCGUAGCUAGUUAGCCAUUUAGCGAGCUAGCUACAAGUUUCGUUCAGUGUCUUCAUCACCGUUUGAAACAUCUACAGUCAUGGCUGCGCUGAGAGCGUCCUACCACAGGAUCUUGGACAGGAUCGAGCACAUGUUGCCGGCCAAACUGAGACCUUUCUACAAUCACCCGGCAGGUCCUAAAACAGUUUUCUUCUGGGCCCCAAUGUUUAAAUGGGGCCUGGUUGUAGCUGGUUUGGCUGAUAUGACUCGGCCAGCAGACAAACUCAGUGCCUCCCAGUCAGGAGUGCUGACAGCCACAGGGCUCAUCUGGUCCAGAUACUCGUUGGUCAUAUUACCAAGGAACUGGAACCUGUUUGCCGUCAACUUCUUUGUCGGCGGCGCCGGAGCCUUCCAGCUCUUCAGGAUCUGGAGGUAUGAGCAGGAUAAGAAGGCACAGGAUAAGGAGGCUGCAGAGUCCUGAGGGAUUUCCUGCGGCCAGCACUUUACCUGCCAUGGACUGAAAGGGAGACUACACACCAGGCACCAACCUGCCCUUUGUCAUCAUCAUCUCAUGUUGUCUCCAUAACAUCCAUGCCAUAACCAUUACUCUACCACAUUAAGCCUGUUGUCCCUGUUGGAAAUGUGCACUUUUCCUUAAGUUUCAAAUUUCCUCAGGGUGUAGGGAAAAAAAAAAAAAGAGGAAAAAAGACAAGAGAACAUUUUUUUUUAACUGUUGUCAACACACACUCAAGAAUGGUGGCCAUCAACGCACAAGUAUUACUUGUUCAACAAGCUGUAUGAUUGUACAUUGUUUAUUUUGAGUUCAUGCUUUAUAUAUCAUGCACUUAUUGGGAAAUGUUGCUUUUUCCAUCAUCGUUUUUCAGGUGUAGCAAAUCAGUACCUCGUGCAAUAAUUUCCCAAAAAAUGUAACUCUUGGAUUUGUGUUGAACGUGGUUUAAGGAAUGUUUCGAAAUGAAAUUAGGACCGAUUCCAUCACAAUGAUCUUUUCAUUUACUUAUUUAUAAUUUGGUUCCAUUCACAGCAUCUGUACCUCAGUGAUUAUUAAAUCAUUAUUGAUUAUCAUGUAAAGAUUCCUUCCGUUUGAAUGGCUUUAAGUCUUUUAAUCUGUGCGAGAACAAAUCUUAAUUUAUGAAUCACUCUUGUAGUCAAAGAUGUAUAGAAAGAUGCUGUUAUUUUCUGAUUCUCUAUAAGGAUUACCCACACCAAUGCCACAUAUUUAACCUGUGCAGCUUUUUAUUGAUUGUUACCACAGAGUCGACUAGUAAACACUGGUACUGACACGGUAACUCUGACUCUUUAAUAUCAGAACCUCGCUGUUGAUGCCUCUUUGUUCUUAGAAAGGUGUUUUAUAUUUUCUCUGUGUAAGAAUAGUACUUUCUUUGACAUGUUCCCACUGUAGUUGCACAGAAUAAUCCCCUGAUGAUUUUAUUAAUAAUUGGUGUCAUCAUUUAUAAGUAUUUUUUGAUCCGUUGUUUGAACAAAUGGCACUUUGAAGGUUGAUCAUUGGGGCUCUAUGGCUAUGCAAUGGCUAUGUAAUGCUAAUAAAUCUUGUUUAACACCUUCA